AUGAAGGAGGGGGAUGUGGACCGAUACAUCAGGGAAAGCAGCAAGAGCUACAGUGGCUGCCGGGUAAAGAACUCCGCACGUAGGAACUCUCUUCAGAAGAAGACGAUGGGGAUAGAAACUGAGAGAAAGAUGGCAGCAGCAAAUCUCGGAAGGGAGGAGAAACAAUUACGAGAACAGCUGAGGCACAUGCAGAUCGACAAGAUGAAGAACAGUAUUGUACACAAUAUGAGAGAAAAGGUAAAGAAGGGGAACAGUACCUAUAUCGAGGAGGAGGAAGAAGAACUACGUCAUAUACCGACCGAACCAUGGCCGGUAACAUUAUCAGAGAGCCCUCGAGGGUCACCACGUCUCGGUAGAUCCGGCUCGAGUCUAACUCAGGCUGGUAUGGUCCAUGCCAAUAGAAGAGGCCGUCGAAUGUCACACGAAUUCGAAGACCUUGAGAUGAACACGAAGACGGGCAAGUUACGCGAAGCACCAAAUAUGGCCAAAAGUUUAAUGGCGCGACGGAAUCUGUAUCGGCCCGCGUCAGGAUCUCUGUCUCCUGAAAGAAGAAAUACAAGCAGUCGCGAGAAUCGGGAUAGCUCUGAUACGUCUUCUUCGUCUGCUGUGUCAUCCUUGGAAGACCUUCACUGGAUUGGAAAUCCCGCGGCUACUAAAUCUGUUCGGCGUGCUCGAAAAACUGUCGAGGAACAGGAAUUAACAUCAGAACUUCACAAACUCGCAAAAUCAAGUUCUAAGAAAAAGAAGCCAAAGAAAAACUCCUGA